UGAAGGGAGGAGUCCGUGGGCGACCAAUGAGAACCCCGUAGACCGGGAAGAUUCCAGUCGUCAAGAGGGUUUGGUAGUGAGUGGGUCACUCUACCCUGGGAUAUACUUUAUAUUUGUGUAAAUAGCACCUAUUUUAUAAAACAGACACAAUGGGAGAUAAGGAGGAACAAGUACAGCGGGCCAAGCUCGCCGAACAGGCAGAGAGAUACGAUGAUAUGGCUGCAGCCAUGAAGCAAGUCACAGAAACUGGGGUCGAGCUCUCAAAUGAGGAGCGAAAUCUUUUGUCAGUAGCAUACAAGAAUGUCGUAGGAGCUCGGAGAAGUUCCUGGCGAGUUAUUUCCUCCAUAGAACAGAAAACAGAGGGUUCUGAACGAAAACAACAAAUGGCAAAGGAAUACAGAGAGAAGGUCGAAACAGAACUUAGGGAAAUAUGCCAGGAUGUAUUGGGUCUUCUCGACAAGUUCCUUAUCCCCAAGGCCUCAAAUCCAGAAUCUAAGGUAUUUUACCUGAAGAUGAAGGGUGAUUACUACAGGUACCUGGCUGAGGUAGCCACCGGAGAUGUCCGAGCGGGUGUUGUGGACGAUUCCCAGAAGUCCUACCAGGAGGCUUUCGAUAUCGCCAAGGCAGAGAUGCAGCCCACCCACCCCAUCAGGCUGGGCCUGGCACUCAACUUUUCAGUUUUCUUCUACGAGAUCCUCAACUCGCCUGAUAAGGCAUGCCAGCUAGCUAAACAGGCAUUCGACGAUGCAAUCGCAGAGUUGGAUACGUUGAAUGAAGACUCGUACAAGGACUCUACGCUCAUUAUGCAGCUUUUGCGAGACAACCUGACGCUGUGGACGAGUGAUACGCAGGGUGAAGGGGAAGAUGCUAACGAAGGGGGCGACCAAAACUGAUGAACGCAACCCCUAAUAGCAUGCUCCACUCGACCCUCCACACUCCAGUCUACAAAUGAUGCCUAAGGGUCGACCAUUCCUCACACCUCACUUUUCACACCGCCAGCGUGGCUACCAGUAGUCGAGGCUGCGGCUGGGCGCUCCUCAUUGACGCUACGCUCACCACCUCGAUACUCACGGCCGCAACACCACCACAACGGUCGCCCCUCGGCCUCUCUGCUGCCUGUAAGACCCCCCUCGAACGUGUUAUGAUCGAGGAGUCUGUUUUUUUCUUUCUUUCCCAGUGCAUUUGUGACUCACCAUUGAGGAGCAGUCCCAGCUGUUAGGUUAACAAACGUGCACAGGCUACCCGGCGAGUGUGUCGCAGCUCUUUCCCACCACCUUAGAGACUGUGAAGUGAAUAGACUAUGUGACUUAAUGGAGCUCUCUGGACCAACGUGGAGAGACAGUUUGAUAGUGUGAAAACAACGCUUGGGUCGGCUGGUCGUUUCUUUGUUGGAGACGGCCAGCCAGACUGCAUUACUUAUUACUGCUAAAUGAACCAAUUAGCAUUUUGUACUUCCCAUGGGGUCGGGCUCCCUCGGUCCCGCCUCUUUGUAUGUAACGUUGCGUACCGACAGUCAGAGGACGAAACCAACAAGUAUGAAGAGAUUGUUACUGUAUUAACCAGUGAAUCGUGUGGUUGUAGCAAGGAAAACGUCAUAACCAUAAUUCUCAUUGGCAACAAGAAUCCAACCAGUCCAAAUUUUAUAACUUUCCUGAUGGUGUUGAUAUUGUUAAAUAUCUAUUAUUGUCUUAAGUGUUACAACCCAUGAAUUCACUGUACGUUUAAGAUUAAUAAUGUAUUACUUAUUGGUUUAUUAGAUGUGACCCCUUCAAAAUUGAGCUGAUUUUCUGUUAUGUCGUGGCCAGUUGGUGUCUACAGGAUCAAUAAUAAAUGCGGUAGAUAUUGACUUUGUUGGAUGUAAGCAUGGAGUAAUGAUGGAAAUAUUUGAUUUAUUUAAAUUUUUUCUCACGUUGCUAUUGAGAAUUAUCGGCGGUCAGGUGAGACAACCAGCGGGAAUGGGAAGCAAUUUGAUUCUAGAACCAUCUCACCAGUAGGGCGGGAUUUUUGAUUGGCAACCUCGUGUUUACCUUUAUUGACCUAUUAGUCGGCAACACCACCACCACCAGUAGCAGGGGAGAUCACAACAUUUAACUAACACCCUUCAGCGUUAACACUAUCAAACGUUAGUCAUCCCACCUCUCCUGACGCCGAGAGUUCUCAUCUGCUUUAUUUGAAAACCAGUCAACUGAGGAGCUUUGUUUUCUCUGGGUUUGUACUUAUAUUCACACUGAUUUGUAAUAGGCAGAGCACCCUGCAAGGCGCUCUACCUAGAUCCUAGGCGAGCUUUGGUUUGCCUAGCAGACGGUAUUCUAAAAGAAUGGUAUUAGAAUUUUCAUUUCAUUUUGUCAUCUGCAUUAAUGGUAAUAACCAGCCUCCCCGUAAACGAUAUUGGUAUACAUUUACAAACAGAUUCUAGUAAGUCACCAAUCAUCAGCGCUUGAAGUCGACUGCCAAAUGUGAAAUGUAUUAAGAAAGCGUAAUAAUGUUUUGGUGGUAGUUUAGGUCAAAAUUUAACUUCGAAAAAUUCUCGCCCCCCCUUUUGUCAAAAUUGCUUUCCUAAAUCAACGUAAUAAACGUUUCAUAUA